AUGGCACCCGCCGCAGAGAACGAGGGAUGUUGUGUUCAUGACCCUGUCGAUACUUCGACAACAGUUGUUGUUGUCGGUGCCGGGCCAUCGGGCCUAAUGCUGGCAUGUAAUCUCGUACGAUUCGGCAUCGAGGUUAUUAUCCUGGACGAUCGACCCGACAAGACUUCCGCGGGCAAGGCAGAUGGCAUACAACCCAAAACCAUUGAGACCUUCAAGCAAAUGCGGCUUGCUGAUACUUUAUUGAGAAAUGCCGCACGUGUUUAUGAUAUGUCAUUCUGGCAAUCAACCCCGGAAUCACCACUCAAGAGGACAGGACGCCAGAUCCAUUACCCUGAUCAUCUCGUUGGGGCCUCAGAUCCGUACAUUUUGCUUGCGCAUCAAGGCAUGAUCGAAGAUCUCUUUAUUGAUGACAUGAGCUCGCGAGGUGCGUUCGUGACAAGAAACAGCCGAUUCGUUUCUUGCUCCCGGGUGGCAAGCACAAAUCUUUUAGACGUUGCAUACGAGGACACCGUAAGCAAGACAAUCAAGACUAUCCGAACCGAGUAUCUGGUUGGAUGCGACGGUGCUCGAUCAAAAGUUAGAGAAUUCAUCCCAAACGCCCAAUUGAUUGGCGAGAUGACCAACGCCUCAUGGGGUGUUCUCGAUGGUGUCAUUGAUACGGACUUUCCUGACUUAUGGAGCAAAGUUGCUGUGCGGUCUCAUCUGGCGGGAUCUAUCUUAUGGAUUCCUCGAGAACGCAAUUUGACUCGACUAUACGUUCAGUUGAGCGAGACUGAUGGGGAACGAGUCGAUAGACUGAAAGCUACACCAGAAUACGUCAUGCAACGUGCCAGAGAUGCGAUGUAUCCCUUUAGACUUGAAUGGAAGACAAUUGAAUGGUUUGGAAAUUACGUUGUGGGCCAACGAGUAGCAAAUCAUUUCAUGGACUCGGAUGCAAGAAUAUUCAUUGCCGGCGACGCUGGACAUUGUCACUCGGCUCUCGCAGCCCAAGGAGCAAAUACAAGUAUGCAUGACAGCUUGAACUUGGCAUGGAAACUUAACGCUGUCAUUCGUGGUAUGGGCAAUCCGUCGCUUCUAGCCACCUACGAAGAGGAACGACAGAAGAUUGCCUACGAUCUUAUAAAUUUCGAUGUCGAGCACUGCAAGGCAUUUGCUGCCGGUGAUGCUGCUCUAGCCAAAAAUUUCGAUGACAAUAUUCGCUUUAUAUCUGGAGUGGGCGCGGAGUAUUCAGAGGGGAUGCUCAACAGGAAUAGGCAUACCAUGCCAAAUCGCCUACAACCCGGCGCCCUUCAACUUCCAGCAAAAGUCACCCGGUACAUUGACGCCAACCCAGUAGACAUUCAGUUGGAUAUUCCAAUGUUAGGCCAAUUCCGGGUAUUCUUCUUUGUCCGGGAUACCCUAACGGCUCUUCCAUUCUUGCGAUCCGUUUGUGGGGGAUUUGAUAACGGGGGUGUAAUGGGCAGGAUAACAUCACAAGCAGGUCAAUCUUACCAAAAGCAACCGCGCCGAGAGGCCCCACCGGAUGCGUUCGCACCGCACUCGAGGUAUACCGCUGUAUCGGAUGGCUUCACAUUUGCUAUGGUGACAAAGUCACCUAAGUCUCAGUUUGAGAUUUCGGACUUGCCAAAGCUACUUCAGGAAAGUCGCUGGACUUUGUACCUUGAUGAUGUUGAGACUCCACAAUGUACGGAUAAGUGGUUUGGGACUCUACAGAGUACACAGGCUGGAAUCGUCAUAGUACGGCCAGAUGGAUAUGUCGGGGCUAUUGACGAGUGGGAGGUUUCGGCGAGCGAUGAGGCAAGACAAUGGAUAGAGGAAUAUUUCACAUUUAUGUUAUAG